GAUUUGAGGCGCAGCUCGUGGAGUCCUGAGCCCGAACCCGGAGCGCAUCUCCGCGUUGUCGGGUAGCCAGCGCCCGCGUGGCGAGGCUGGGGGACGAACCGGCAAGGAGCCCCCAGCCCCAAUGCGCCCGGCCCGCGAGGCCGCCGGCAGCCGCCUGUGAGAAGUUGGGGGGCGGCGCCCGGGGAACACCCCACGCCGCCGCCGCUGCCGUUGUCAGGGGCUCGGAAACCGGUUUGUUUCGUCCGGCGGCGCGGACCCGUGUCCCGGGGCGUUGGCCGGGGCGGCGCGGGCUGCGGCCCGAUGCCCUUUCCGGACCGCCGGGGGGUGCCUCGGGCUCGCUGAGCCCCGCGGGAAGGCGGCGACCCCCGGACGGUGCCCGCCCACGGCCUGGGUCCUGAGAGUCAGAGGAAUUUAACUAAAAUGAAAAAGCAGAGGAACUACUCCCAAGUAAAAGAACAAGAGAAAUCCCCUGAAGGAACAAACAAUGAAACAGACCUCUCCAGUCUACCAGACCCUGAUUUAGAAAAGGAGCCUAUCUGUUAAGAUGCCUUAGAAAAAGAACCAUGGAGAAGUAUGUUAGAGUACAGAAGAUUGGAGAAGGUUCAUUCGGAAAAGCCAUUCUUGUUAAAUCUAUAGAAGAUGGCAGACAGUAUGUUAUCAAAGAAAUUAACAUCUCAAGCAUGUCCAGUAAAGAAAGGGAAGAAUCAAGGAGAGAAGUUGCCGUGCUGGCAAACAUGAAGCAUCCAAAUAUUGUCCAGUAUAGAGAAUCAUUUGAAGAAAAUGGCUCUCUCUACAUAGUGAUGGAUUACUGUGAAGGAGGGGAUCUAUUUAAACGAAUAAAUGCCCAGAAAGGCAUUUUGUUUCAAGAGGACCAGAUUUUGGACUGGUUUGUACAGAUAUGUUUGGCUCUGAAACAUGUACACGAUAGAAAAAUUCUUCAUCGAGACAUAAAAUCACAGAACAUAUUUUUAACCAAAGAUGGGACAAUACAACUUGGAGAUUUUGGAAUUGCUAGAGUUCUUAAUAGUACUGUGGAGCUGGUUCGGACUUGCAUAGGGACCCCAUACUACUUGUCACCCGAAAUCUGUGAAAACAAACCAUAUAAUAAUAAAAGUGACAUUUGGGCUCUGGGGUGUGUCCUUUAUGAGAUGUGCACACUUAAACAUGCAUUUGAAGCUGGCAAUAUGAAAAACCUGGUACUGAAGAUCAUAUCUGGAUCUUUUCCACCCGUGUCUUUGCAUUAUUCUUAUGAUCUCCGCAGUUUGCUCUCUCAACUAUUUAAAAGAAAUCCUAGGGAUAGACCAUCAGUCAACUCCAUAUUGGAGAAAGGUUUUAUAGCCAAACGCAUUGAAAAGUUUCUCUCCCCUCAGCUUAUUGCAGAAGAAUUUUGUCUAAAAACAUUUUCCAGGUUUGGAGCACAGCCUAUACCAGCUAAAAGACCAGGUUCAGGACAAAGCUUGGCUUCUGUUGUGUCUGCUCAGAAAAUUACAAAGCCUGCUGCUAAAUAUGGAGUCCCUUUAACGUAUAAGAAAUAUGGAGAUAAAAAAUUACAUGAAAAGAAACCACUCCAAAAACAUAAACAGGCCCAUCAAAGUCCAGUGAAGAAAGUGAAUCCUGGAGAAGAAAGGAGGAAACUGUUUGAGGAACCAGCAAGGAAGAGAAGGCUGGAAUUGAAUGAAAAAGAAAGGAAACAAAAGGAUCAGAUUAGUUUAAUGAAGGCUGAACAGAUGAAAAGGCAAGAAAAGGAAAGGUUGGAGAAAAUAAAUAGGGCCAGGGAACAAGGAUGGAGAAACGUGCUGAGUGCUGGUGGAAGCGGUGAAAUGAAGGCUCCCCUUUUUGGCAGCGGAGGGGCUGUGGCUCCAUCAUCGUUUUCUUCUCGAGGACAGUAUGAACAUUACCACGCCAUUUUUGAUCAGAUGCAGCAACAGAGAGCAGAAGAUAAUGAAGCUAAGUGGAAGGGAGAAAUCCGUGGCCGAAGGCUUCCAGAAAGGCAGAAGGGGCAGCUGGCUGUGGAAAGAGCAAAGCAGGUAGAAGAGUUUCUACAGCGAAGACGGGAAGCGAGGCAGAACAAGGCUCGGGCUGAGGGGCAUAUGGGCACCCUGCACAACCUGGCAGCUCUGUGCGAAGGCAGGCGCAGCUCUUCGCGAGGAGGGAAGCCGAGAAGCAAAGAGGAAGAGGUUUAUCUGGCAAGGCUGAGACAAAUAAGACUGCAGAAUUUCAAUGAGCGCCAACAGAUUAGAGCCAAGCUUCGUGGUGAAAAGAAAGAAGCUGACAGCUCCGAAGGACAGGAAGGAAGUGAGGAGGCUGACGUGAGGCGUAAGAAAGUGGAAGUGCUGAAGGCCCAGGUGAGCGCCCGCGCGGCUGUGCUGAAGGAGCAGCUAGAACGUAGGAGGAAGGAGGCGUACGAGAGAGAGAAGAAGCUGUGGGAGGAGCAUUUGGUGGCCAAAGGAAUAAAGAACUCUGAUGUGUCUCCACCUUCAGGACAGCAGGAAACAGGUGGCUCUCCAUCAAAGCAACAGAUGAGACCUGUUAUUUCUGUGACUUCUGCUUUGAAAGAAGUGGGUAUGGACAGAAGUUUGACUGAUGCCCAAGAAACCUCAGAAGAAAUGCAGAAGGCUAACAGUGCUAUUUCGAGUAAGCGCGAAAUACUACGUAGAUUAAAUCAAAAUCUUAAAGCUCAAGAAGAUGAAAACGGAAAGCAGAGUCACUCUGAAACCGGUGCAGUAAUUGUUCACGAAGACGCCAAAGAGCAGGAAAAAGAAAAAUCGGUUUCGUCGGAUCGCAAGAAAUGGGAGGCUGGAGGCCACCUGGUGAUUCCCAUGGAUGAACUGGCACCGGACGCGUCCUUCUCUGUGACCGAAAAACAUACAGUGGGAGAGGUUAUUAAAUUAGAUCCUGGUGGAUCUCCAAGAAAAGUCUGGGGAAGAAGUCCUACAGAUUCUGUUCUAAAGAUACUUGGAGAAGCUGAACUACAACUUCAGACAGAACUCUUGGAAAACACAACUAUUAGAAGUGAGAUUUCUCCUCAAGGGGAGGAGUGCAAACCCUUAAUUACUGGAGAAGAAAAAAUAAAAUGUAUUUCACCUGAAAUCUCACUGCCAUCAGCUACUGUUGAUUCUUCUGCUGAGACAAACAGUCCAAACUUUAGUGAGCCAUCUCCACAGACGGCAUUGAAACCAGAAGGAAAUUUGGAUGAGCCUGAUGACUUGGAAGCAGAAUUUCUGCAGGAGCCAAGUGGAGCAGACAGGGACGGUGGCUUGCCAUGCCCUGUACUCGACGUGUGGGUUAGUGAGAUUAAAGAAGCAAAGGAGGCUGAGUUGGAAGAUAGGAUCACCAUUCAGCAAAACGAAGUUUCUGAAGAUGGAGCCCCGAGGAGCAUGGAUCACCUUAGUGAAGUUCACGUAGAACCUGGGGUGGAUGGUUCUCCACACUCUGAGGGUGAUGUAGAUGAAUCUAUGCAACCAGAACCAUUUUUCCAUAAACACUUGAAAGCAGCCUCUCAAGUCCAGUCAGUCCUCUGUUCACCAGAAGAAUCCUCUCCACUUCGAUCUCACUGUGGUUCACCACCAAGAAAUAAAAAACAGAGUUCCUUGCUGAUUGGACUUUCAACUGGUCUAUUUGAUGCAAACAACCCAAAGAUGUUGAGGACAUGUUCACUUCCAGACCUCUCCAAGCUGUUCAGAACACUGAUGGAUAUCCCCAUUGUCGGAGAUGGACGUCAGGACAAUCUUGAACUGGAUGAAAUGGAAGAUGAGCAUGUGAAGGAAGGACCUUCCGACUCUGAGGACAUUGCGUUUGAAGAGGCUGACACAGACUUACAAGCGCUUCAGGCCUCCAUGGAGCAGCUGCUGCGAGAGCAGCCGGGGGAGGACUACAGCGAGGAGGAGGGGUCGGGCCUGAGGACCAGCGACGCGGAGCAGGCCGCCACCGGCACGGACGCGGGCGACGAGGACGACAGCCCCAGCAGCGGGAGCGCUCUCAACGAGGAGUGGCACUCGGAUAACAGUGACGGUGAGAUAACUAGUGAAUGUGAAUACGACAGUGUCUUUAAUCAUUUAGAGGAACUAAGGCUUCACCUAGAGCAGGAAAUAGGCUUCGAAAAGUUCUUUGAGGUUUACGAGAAAAUAAAAGCUGUUCAUGAAGAUGAAGAUGAAAAUAUUGAGAUUUGUUCAACAGUAGUUCAGAAUCUUUUGGGAAAUGAACAUCAGCAUCUUUAUUCCAAGAUUCUUCAUUUAGUUAUGGCAGAUGGAGCCUAUCAAGAAGAUAAUGAUGAAUAAUCCUCAGAACAUUCUUUAAUCCUCAGCGGAAUGAAAGCAUUUAAACUUUGGCUCAUCAGAAUAACAAGCUUCAGUGGGAAAUGUAGCGAUUUUUUAUAAAUGAAAUAUUAGAUUUAAAAUGGGCAUACUGAUUGCAUGAAAAUGAUGGAGAAACAUGCCAUUUUUCAAUCAAGAUUCUAGUUUUUUAUCUAUUUUAUUUUGUUGAGUUCUAUAGUCAUCUCCUACAGAAUAUAUACUUUAUUAAAUGUUCCAACCAAAGUGUAAGACACAGUGAUCCAGACUGGACUUAAUGGCUUUGAAGAAGAUGUACCAUGCAGCAAGGUAAUUUUUACUUUCAGCAAAUGUCUUUAAGUUGAAAGAAUAACUUCUGUUGUGAAAGACUUGCCUUUGCUUUUUCAAUUACGCAUUUAAGCAUGACCCUUUUUUCUGUCUACUUGUUUUCAUGGCCAGCAAUUCUGGAUUAAAUAACCUUGUCGAGGGCUCUAUUUAAAUCUUAACAUUUCGAAGAUGGAACUUUUAGCCUUAAAGUUUAUAUUCUCAGUCCUUUUUCAACCAGUGUGUCUCCUGAACUAGCUGAAUGGAAACAGGCUAUAAAAACAGUCUUAGAAGUCAUUGAAAAAUUUGAUUACGAGAAAAUAGCAAAAAUAUAUUCCCUGAUAUUUAAAAAGUUGGUUAAUUACUUUUGUUUCUUUUUGAGGACCAGAACAAGGAAGACUAUAUCUAAAAAUUAGUCUCUGAAUUUUAACAUUGAUCUAGCAUAUAGCAUAAAGUUGCCCUUUUGGUUUUCAGCUUCCUCUCAUGCAUGUGCUUUUUAAUUGAGGUUCAAAAGGAGAAAGGAAUCAUUUUUAUUUUGACAGUGUGACAGUUUUGGUAACUAGUAUUGCAAAGGGGGGAAAUGUUUACCUUUUCAAUACCAUUAUGAGAAAAUUUUGUUAGGUCAUUAAGACAAUGGUCACACAGCUUCAGUUGCAAUAUGCCAGGUAUUACAUCAUUAGAGAUGUCUGAAGUCCAGAUGCUUUUAGUAAUAAAAGCAGAAUUUUGGAAACUCUGAGAACAAAGAAGCCUUAUUGGCAUAAUCUGUGGUUUCAACAGUAAAAUCGUAUGUUGCAGCACUAUCAGUAGUAUGCUGAAUUAAUUAUGUAUAUUAUUUCUAAUAUCCAAAGCUAAAUACUUGAUUUUAUAUGUUUGUUUAUUUUAUGAUAUUACUAUUAAAUUUUUACU